GCCUUGUAUUCACGAUACUGUUAUAUUGACUUGCUUUGGACAUGUUAGUCUUGCUUCUUGGCCUCAGUGUCGUUCCCUUCGCAUUGACAUUUGACGAGAUUGAGCUUAUCUCAAACUAUGAUGUGCAGUUCGCGAAGAAUAUCCAGCAGCAACAGGAGCAGAUUCAGGACUUACCUCCACCUCCCCCAAAAAAGCAGGGAUUCAGUCAGGGUAGCGGCCUCAGGAACAUAGCUGAAGGCUCGUCAAGGGCUGCUAAGGCCGCUGUUAACAAUCAAGACGCCGCAGGGCAUCAGGCGGCCUACGUUGCAAAAAAUACACUUGCCCAAUCAGCAGCGGCGGCGUCUGCAACAGCACAAGCUGCCUUGGCAGGGAAACAAAUCUUACUGCAAGGACUUGAACAACAACUAAGGGAUGCGAAACAGGCACUAAUAGGGGAACAGCAGCAGUUGAUGCAGGCUCAAAGAUCAGCCGACCAAACACAACGUGCUGCCCAAGAAGCAAGACAGCAUGUGAACGUUCUUCAAAACACCCUGAACGCUGCUCAAGCCGCUGCGGAGCAUGUAGCUCAAGCAGCUUCAGAAGCAGCUGGUGAGUUGGCCGCGCAGCAAUCUAUGGUAGGCUCAGCGAUGCAGCGGGUAGAGCAGCUCACGAAGCAGCUGACCAACGUCAGGAUCGACUACGAAGCUACCAGAAAUGCUGCGCAGAAGGCACAGGCGGCUGCACAGACGGCAGCUGCGAAUGCUGCAGCAGCUGCAGCUGCAGCGGCGGCGGGAUUUGCAAAGAACGCAGCAAAACAGCCUCUUCCCCCACCCCCACCCAAGCCUCAGCCCCCAAAGGAACACGAGAAACCCAAGCCACCUCCGAAGGAACCACCGAAGGGCGACGAUGGACAUGGGGAGAAGAAAGACGAUUACACGGAUGGUUCACCCAACGACAACUCUUUUUAUCACCCUCUGUACUAUGGAGAAAAUUAAAGGAAAACAUCAGUUCUAUCGUUGGCCUGUUUGCUCUUGCUUCAUAAAAGAGACUUGAACUGUUUUGUUAGUUUUGUAUACAUUCUUGAGGUGUUAAAAACGCUCCAACGCAUUGUACGCCACUGGAUGCAAAGUAGGGAUGUGACAUUGAGUGAAAACAAUCGAUUACUUAAAAAAUAAUUCUUUUUCUGUUAAAUAUAAAUCGAUUUCUGAAAAAUGGGUUUAUAAAAAUCGUUUUUAGAAAAAACUUAAGCUAAUGAAGUAAUAAACUAUGAUUGGUGAAUAUCGAAUUAUAUUCAUCAUUAUACAGGGUGACACAAGCUUUCCCCCUUUUAUUACAUAUCAACUCUGAUAAUUCGCCAGUUUGCCACUUUUAGUUUCUACUCUAUAGACUGGUUGAUUGUUCUGUCAAAUGCUUUACACCGUGGUUAUAGUCCAGGCCAUAUGGAAAAAAGGUUAAAAAAAUUAGCAUAUAUCUGAAAGUUUUAAAUGGAAGAGGGGGUCUUUCUUAUUAUAAAUAUAUAAAAAUUUACAGCUAGAUAUGCGUUGUUUUUUAUAAGCAAUGGGAAAAUCCCAAAAUUCAGUAUUUUGUUUGUAUAAUUUUCAAAUCAAGUCUUAUAAAUAAUCGGAGAUUUUAGAGCAUAUAAAUACGUUCAACUCUGUUUUUUAGGAAUCAAAAUCGAUGAACAAUUGAGCUAAAUACGGG